UCAAGUUAUCGUGACGUAGUCAGCACUUUUCUAAUCCGGACAUGUUUCACAUUGAAGAUCGCGUUCAUGUGUUAUCUGACAGAGAUUCUCAGCCUAGGGUAGGUUAGAGGAUUAAGAAAUGCUAGAAUCCAAGCUCAACUUUCCAUUUCUGUACUGUCAUCGAAACUUUGAGACUAUUCGUAAGAGAACAAAACGUAAGAUCUAAGCUCGACAUUUUCUUGACGUAAGUUUUGUGUUGUGUUGAGCAAGUCAGCCAUGUUGUCACGUCUACUACAGCAACAUCAGCCCAACAGGUGGCACUUGGCAUCCACAUCUGGGUACAGAGGUCGUCUGCUCAAAUCAGUUUGUAGCCACUUGAGUAAAUGUUCGGCUUUCAGUGGCCAGGCUUUUCUAGUCGAGGGGACCAAACGUCCCAGAGCUCUCGGUAGGCCAGUUUGGACAAACCUGUUGUCCGGCAGGCGCCACAGCAGACGACACCACUCGAAUGAGAGCCCGGCAGACGAUGAGAAUGUCAAGUUUUCCCAGCUCAUUGACAAGUUUGUUGAUCGAGCAGUCAUACUAUGGGAAGAAAAACUUGCCGAAGGAUAUCGAAAACGUAACCUUGACCCUAUAACCUUGGAGCGCAAGAUGAAGCAAGUGCGUGGCAUCAUGUCUGUCAUCAAACCCUGCUCGCACGUGCUGUCCAUCACAUUCCCUCUACAGCGUGACGACGGCAGCACAGAGCUGGUCCACGCCUUCAGGGCACAGCACAAGCAGCACCGCACCCCCAGCAAGGGCGGCAUUCGCUUUAGCCCAAACGUCAACUAUGACGAGGUUUGUGCCCUCGCCUCCCUGAUGACGUACAAGUGUGCCCUGGUCAACGUUCCGUUCGGUGGCGCUAAAGCCGGGGUCAGGAUCGACCCCAAACUAUAUUCAGUGUCGGAGCUAGAGCGGAUCACCCGCCGCUUGACCACCGAGCUAGCCAAGAAAGGUUUCCUCCACCCCGGGAUAGACGUGCCCGCCCCCGACAUGGGCACCAGCGAGAGGGAGAUGAGCUGGAUAGCCGACACCUACGCCACCACUCUCGGCUACAGCGACAUCAACGCCAGAGCCUGCGUCACAGGCAAGCCCAUCACGCAGGGCGGUCUACACGGGCGAAUCUCGGCGACUGGGAAAGGCGUUUUCUUUGGCAUCAAAAACUUCAUCAUGAACGCGGACUAUAUGGAAAGUAUUGGACUAGCACCUGGGUUUCAUCAGAAGGAAUUUAUAGUUCAGGGUCUAGGGAAUGUGGGUUUUCACACCAUGCGAUACCUUCACAGGGCGGGGUCUGUGUGCACGGGGGUGGCUGAAAUUGACGGCAACAUUUACAACCCGGAUGGGAUCGACCCCCAGGCCCUCAUGAGGUACAAGAAGGAACACGGCACCAUCGUGGGGUUCCCGGGAGCCCAGCCCUACCCCGGGAAUCUGCUGACCCACAAGUGUGACAUCUUGGUGCCUGCGGCCAACGAGAAGCAGAUCACAGCCAAGGUCGCCAGCGAGUUGAAGGCCAAGAUUGUGGCCGAGGGGGCCAACGGGCCGACCACGCCCACCGCUGACGCCAUUUUGCUCGAGCGCAAGGUGCUGGUCAUCCCUGACCUCUACAUCAACGCCGGCGGGGUGACGGUCUCCUACUUCGAGUGGUUGAAAAACUUGAACCACGUCAGCUUUGGACGCCUCACCUUCAAGUACGAGCGUGACGCCAACUUUCACCUGCUCAACAGUGUCCAGAAGUCCAUCAACAGCUGGGUGGGCGAUGACUCCGUGCAGGGUGUCCGCAAGAUCAACAUCCUCCCUAGUGAGGAGUUCCAGGCUCGGAUCACAGGAGCGUCAGAGAAGGACAUUGUCCACUCUGGUCUGGAGCAGACGAUGGAGAGGGCAGCAGCCGACAUCAUGGCCACGGCCAAAAGCUUCAACCUCGGCCUUGACCUCCGCACGGCCGCCUACAUUGUGGCCAUCAGCAAACUCUACAACUUCUACAAGCAAUCGGGUUUCUCCUGACUGGCUCUCACAGCUGGGGUAUCAGUCUUUGAUGGAGUCG